AUGAUAUUGGUUCACUUGAGCAAGGUGUCGCAAUUUUUAAAUCUGUUAUUGCAGACAUCUCGUGUAUUGAAUUCAACAUUUCGAUACGUAAAGUUCGUUCGCAAGCUGCGAGCUGAAGAAGAAGACCAAAGGAAAGGUGCUGAGAAUAAGCUAAAGGAGUUAAAGGAUAAACAGAAUAGCGAUUUUUUUAUACGAUGCGACAGACGGUCACUAAUCAACAACGUAGCUCGUCGUGUCGACUUAUGUUUAGCUUCUUAUCAAGAAGAUCUCAAACAGAAAAGGAAGAGACUGAUAGAUCUUUACGCUCGUGAAGAAGAAGAUAACAUUCGUAAGUUUGUAAUCCAAGCUCAAGCCGGCGCUGAAGCAAUAUGGCAAGAAAAGAUGAACAGACUACAAUACCUUCUGGAGAAGCGGAAGAAAGAACAGGAAGAAAAAUAUAAGGACACACCGCUGUCGAAAUGCGUACACGUUCUACCCUGUAUAUACAAAUUACGAGCAAAAGAAGCGCAAGAAAUACAACUGUACCAAAUUAAAGAAAAACAAGCUCGCAAGAUGGCAGAAAUCGAGUUCGACAAAAUGUGGCAUGAGGUUGCCAUGAAAGAGUCUGAAGCUCUGGCAGCUCGCAUGGAACAAGACGCAAUAGAGAGACUGCGUAGAGACCUAGAGUGUAAGCAAUAUUCGGACUAUCAGCUGGAACAGAAGCGGAUACAGAGACAGAAAGAGAAGGAGAUGUUGAAAGAAGAGGCGAGACGAUUCAAGGCGUUAUGGGAUGAGGAUAUUAGGAAGGAAGAAGAGGCUGAAAGGCAAAGAGCAGAAAAUCGAAAGGAAACAGCGCGUGAACGUAAGCGUAUGAUAGAAGAGAGACAAGAAACUCUCGCCAAGCAAAAAGCAGAGGCCAAGCUGAUUGCCGACACAUGGGACUCGCUUACUGGACAGGGCUUAGCCGAUGAACAGGCCAAGAUUGAGCUUAGAAGACGAAAGGAGAGAGAAUUAGAUGAAUGUAACAGAAAAAUGAUAGAACUGAAAAAACAAUACGAAGAAUUUGAGAAAUCGGUUGAGGCGCCGCUAGCUGAAGAGGCGAAGAAGAGACAAGAGUACUUGGACCAGAAACGAUGUGAAUAUCUCGCUUGGUCGCAAAAAACCAACAAAGAAGUCCGUCAAGCAAUGGUUGAUCAAAUAAAAGAGAGGCAAAAGGCAAAAGAGGUUUUAAUACAGAAAAUAGCAGAACAGGACGAGUACCAUAGACAACUGUUUGAACAAAUUCAGCAGUUGGUCGACCAUAAACAACUCACUGACGCACAGACUAGAAAACAACAUCAGAAAGAAAUACUGGCACAGAUUGAAUAUAAUAAGUUAUUAAAGGAGCGAGCUCGUCAAGAAGAAUUGGAAGAAAUAAAGAAAUGCCAGAUCGCGACCGAAGAAUAUCAACAGGAAAUAAAUAAAAUGUUAUGCAGGCCGUUCUUUAGCGAAGAAAUCCACCCUUUCAUGAAGCAAAUGGCUAAAGGGUUAUCGAUGAAAGAAAAAUGUCCCUGCUCAAGACCUGACUAUUGCAAAUAAUUUCAAUAGAAAUUGAGAAAAUGAAUUAUUGAUUUUGGUUUUUUUUAAUAAAAUUUUGUUUUAAAACUUAA